GCGCGACAGCUUGCUCUUGCUUGACUCUAUCGCUCAAAAUGCAGACUACUUGAGCGUGACUCCGAUCUGCUGUCGUGUCUCUUUUGAGGAAGCCUGCUGAUAUUAAUGCCCUGGCUGGAUGCUGACUUCAUUGCUGGAUUCUUUUCUGGUCUAGCGGGCCUCAUUGUUGGUUCGCCGCUUGAUAUCAUCAAGACAUUGCGCCAAUCUGGACAGCUUGACGAGGACAGCACUGGACAUGGCAGACUUUCGGUUUCAGAGCCAAGGACGUGGUUCACAGGCUUGCUUGCACCGCUGUUUGCUCUUGGCUUACAGAACGCAUUAUUAUUUUGGUCCUAUGAAAGCAUCAUGAUGCUCUUUGCUCAAUACAAGCCGUCGUUACUGCUGAGCCUCUUCGCAGGCUGCUGCAGCGGCAUUUGCGUCUUCUUCGUCUCAUGCCCAACGGAAGUCAUCAAGGUUCAGGCUCAGACGUCGGCUUUAUCGUCUCGAGUCGUUAUACUGCGUCUCUUGCGGCGACAAUGCAAGCAUCCCUUCAAGAAGAGUCCAUUUCUAAGAGGUGGACUUGUGACGAUUCUCAGAGACUCGAUCGGGUAUGGAUUCUACUUUGUGUCAUAUGAUGCACUCGGUUUGCUUUUGAGAAGGUAUACUGCAGGACAUGAGGCGUUGGUGACGCUGCUUGCAGGAGGGUUGGCUGGUUGUAUCUCCUGGUUCAGUAUUUACCCUUUAGACACCAUCAAGACGCGUCUUCAGGCAGACUCUGCUCAGCAUGCCCCUCUCAUGGAUGCUACCACGCCGCUCACUACAUUGCGCAACAAACAAGGUCUCUUGGCUUGCGGACUGAGCAUCAUGCAGGAGCGCGCAAGAGCGCAACCAGGGAGCUUCAAGUUCAUGGCUGGAAUCACUGGAUUGUAUGCUGGACUAGCGCCUGCUAUGCUGCGUGCAUUCAUCGUCAAUGGAGUCAUCUUCUACACAGAAAGAUUCAUCAAGGAUGUGCUUGUACAGUAGAAUGAAGGAAUCCAAUGAAUCAUGUAUGGACAAGAACAAGCGCUGCUUUAGAUCUUUGCCUUGGGUGCUUGGGCGGUUUUGAGGACAUCGCCGAGAGCAGUCGCCUUCAUCAUGUUUCCCUUGAAUGCAUUAGUCUUUGGUCCGAGUGUAUCAAGAGAGAGCUUACCUUGAUCUUGAUCUUGCCCUGCAUGAAGAGCUUCUGAGCGUUACCCUUGCCGGAAGCCAAGUCCAAGAAGGUCUUCUCAUCCAUGGUCAUGGUG